AUGGUUCAGACUAGAAGAUCUACUGCCGUCGCUGCAUCAAUUCCUUUGACGUUACCCCACUUUCACCCGGAGUCCUCCAAACGUCGAAGAACAGCAUUAGCAGACGAGUCAGAUAAUGGUGCCUGUGAGACUCGGACAAAGACGAAGGAUAAACCUUUGACGGAAGACUUUCCUGUACGUGUCUCCGGUUCGUGGAAAAUCGGAGCGCAUGUAUCAGCUGCAGGAGGGGUUGAGAACGCUGUUCGAAAUGCAGCGAUGGUUGGCGCUAACGCAUUCGCUCUAUUCGUCAAGUCCCAACGAAAAUGGGAUUCCGCACCACUUUCCGCUGAAAGCGUUGAUGCGUUCAAGAGACGAAUGCAAGAGUUUGGAUAUUCGCCAAAACACGUUCUUCCCCAUGGUAGUUAUUUAGUUAAUCUGGGAAACCCUGACGGGGAGAAGAGGCAGAAAUCGUUCAACUGUUUCCUUGAUGAUCUUCAGCGAUGCGAACAGCUUGGCCUCGAGCUGUAUAAUUUCCAUCCAGGCUCGACCGUUGGGCAGGCCACAAAAGAAGAAUCGAUAGCUCUGAUCGCUGAAUGUAUCAACAACGCUCACAAACUGACGAAAUAUAUAACAAUUGUCAUCGAGAACAUGGCAGGUUCAGGAAAUGUCAUAGGUUCUCAGUUUUCAGAACUGAAGGAGAUCAUCAACCACGUCGAGAACAAGACACGAGUAGGCGUUUGCCUUGAUACCUGUCAUGCGUUCGCUGCGGUAAGGGCUUCAUUUUCUGUGUCGCAAACUUUUCACCGUGAUUUCAGGGAUACGACAUCUCGACAAAAGUUGGAUGGGAUCUCCGCGUUCGACACCGAAGUUGGACUAUCGUAUCUCAAGGGGUUGCAUUUAAAUGACUCCAAAGCCGCCCUCGGCGGUCAUCUUGGUAUUUCUACAUUCAGGCACAUUGUGUCCGACCCUCGGACGCAGGAUAUUCCUCUCAUUCUCGAGACCCCAACUUUCGAAGCAACAGAAAUAUGGACCAAGGAGAUAUCGGCUCUCAAUCGCCUUUCUUUGGUCGACGAUAGCGAAGUUCUCGAGACGGAACUGUCGUUGGUGAAUGAAAUCACCUCAUUAGUGCGAAGUCACGCAGCGAAAAAGACAGAAAAGGCGAGCAGGACGGAAAAGGCGAGCAAGACAGAAGGGGUGAGCAAGACCCGUACGCGCAAACGGAAUACGACAGAGGAUCAAGAUUAUGACUCUGACUGUGCUUAG